CCUUCAGAAACCACAUGUCCCCCAACAACAGAUCCACCGUCAAUAGGAGCUGUGAAUGAGACUAAGGUGUUGGGUUGUGGGGUGAUAUCAUGGAAACCUCCACCAGGCAAUGAGGGAGUAAAACUGAGUUAUAUUGUCAGGUUCUUUGACGGAAGCACAUACGAAACUAGUGCUAGUGGCUACAGAAGGAUACAGCGCAACCUUGAGAUAGGGAGACAGUGGACAAGAGUUAAUGAUAUUCCUGAUGGCAGAACUGUGUAUGCUGAUAUCCGUGCAAGAAACACAAGUGGCAAUGUUGGUCUUUUUUCUCAAAAAUUUGUUGUUGCCAAUUCAACUCUAUGUGCUGAUGGCUGUCCUCCCCCUUUACCUUGUCCUGAUUGUGAUGAGUGCCAGGCAAGAAGUGUUGGUCUAGCUCGCUAUCCUACUACACUAGCUCCAGCCAGUGGAUCAUUGACUGUCACUACACAAUGUGCUGACAAUGCUCACGUCAGAACUGGCUCUAGUCUGAAUGUCAGGUGUAGCUCUAGUGGUAGUUGGACUGGUACACCUCCUCAGUGUGAAUGUGAUACUCGAUAUCGUGCAGUCACUGUUAGUGGGAGGCAGAUUUGUCAAAGUGUUACUCUAACUACAUGCCCUGCUAGAAGUGUUGGUCUAGUUCGCUAUCCUACUACACUAGCUCCAGCCAGUGGAUCAGCGGCUGUCACUACACAGUGUGCUGACAAUGCUCACGUCAGAACUGGCUCUAGUCUGAGUGUCAGGUGUAGCUCUAGUGGUAGCUGGUCUGGUACAACUCCUCAGUGUGAAUGUGAUACUGGAUAUCGUGCAGUCACUGUCAGUGGGAGGCAGAUUUGUCAAACCGAUGACACCACAUGUCCCCGAACAACAGAUCCACCGUCAAUAGGAGCUGUGAAUGAGACUAAGGUGUUGGGUUGUCGGGGUGAUAUCUAUGGAAACCUCCACCAGGCAAUGAGGGAGUAAAACUGAGUUACGUUGUCAGGUUCUUUGACGGAAGCACAUACGAAACUAGUACUAGUGGCUACAGAAGUAUACAGCGCAACAGUGAGAUAGGGAGACAGUGGACAAGAGUUGAUGAUAUUCCUGAUGGCAGAACUGUGUAUGCUGAUAUCCGUGCAAUAGACACAAGCGGUCGCGUUGGUUCUUUUUCUCAAAAAUUUGUUGUUGCCAAUUCAACUCUAUGUGCUGACGACGGCUGUCCUACUCCUGUACCAUGUCCUGAUAAUGAUGUGUGCCAAGCAAGAAGUGUUGGUCUAGUUCGCUACCCUACUACACUAGCUCUAGCCAGUGGAUCAUUGACUGUCACUACACAGUGUGCUGACAAUGCUCACGUCAGAACUGGCUUUAGUAUGAGUGUCACGUGCACUUCUACUGGUAGCUGGACUGGUACAACUCCUCAGUGCGAAUGUGAUACUGGAUAUCGUGCAGUCACUGUCAGUGGGAGACAGAUUUGUCAAACUGAAAGGUUAAGAUGUCCAGAGUUGCAGAAUCCUGCAGACGGCUCUGUUACUUACGAUAGUUUACAUGUUGGUUCACGGGCAGUGUACACGUGCUCCCAAGGAUUCAGACUAGUUGGAUGCGACAGUGUCAGAACCUGUGGGAGUGACGGGGCAUGGAGUGGACAGCCACCUCUCUGCAAUAGCGAAGUAUGUACUGUUGAACUGGUGGGUGACAUCGAAGUGGUUGGGACUUCAGCUACAUUUGUGUUCCGUGGUGUUGGCUCUGCAUUGCUGGAUACACCUGCAAACUCGAUGGAACAGUCCUACCAAACUGUUCCAGUCCUCUGACUGGUCUAAGUCCUGGUGCCCAUCGCCUGAGAGUAGUUCCUAAAGGAUGUCAGACCAAUAAAGGAGCUACCUUCCGCUUUCAAGUUUGACGUAAUUAUUGACUCUAGGCAUAGAGCUCCAAACAUGUGAAUUCUGAUUAAAAACUUGAGUUUGUCAUUUGCUGCUAGUUAUAGUUAGCAUUUUGCUGUUAGUUUUAGUUAUAAUGUAUAUAUAUAUAAUGUAGU